CGCGAGAGAGCGGGCGGCGCGCGGCCGGCGGCGGCCGCUCCCCAUAAACAGCGGCGCGAGGCCGGGCCUCCCCAGUCAGCGGCGGCGGCGGCAGCGGUUUGGUGUCGAGCUCCGGCUCCGGCUCUUCCCUCCUCGGGCUGUGUAAGACUCAAGACCUGAAAAAAUGGCAUUGGCAGCAAUUGAUCCUCAGCAGAACAUUGUAUCAAGGGUUGUCAACCUUCCCUUGGUGAGCUCCACCUAUGAUAUGGUGUCCACAGCUUACAUCACCACAAAGGAUAACCACCCUUACCUGAAGUCAGUAUGUGAGAUAGCAGAGAAAGGAGUGAAGACGAUUACUUCGGUAGCCAUGACAAGUGCUAUGCCUAUCAUCCAGAAACUGGAACCACAAAUUGUAGUUGCCAACAACUAUGCGUGUAUAGGUCUAGACAAAAUUGAAGAGAGACUGCCUAUACUCAAUCAGCCCACUGACAAGGUUGUCGCCAAUGCCAAGGAUGUAGUUGUUGGAGCCAGAGAAGCUGUAACAACCACUGUGACUGGUGCCAAGGAAACCGUUGCUCACACAAUCACUGGAGUUGUGGGCAAAACCAAAGAAGCGAUGCAAGACAGCGUAGAAAUGACCAAGUCAGUUGUCAAUGGCAGCAUUAACACUGUCCUAGGAAGUCGUGUGGUGCAGAUGGUGAGCAGUGGAGUGGACAGUGCUCUCACUAAAUCGGAGACCCUUGUUGACCAGUAUCUCCCACUUACAGAAGCAGAACUAGAGAAAGAAGCUGCAAAAGUUGAAGGUUUUGAAGUUGGAGUUCAAAAGCCAAGCUACUACGUUAGACUAGGAUCCCUGUCUUCAAAGGUCCGCACACGUGCCUACCAACAAGCCUUAAACAAAGUUAGAGAUGCUAAACAGAAAAGCCAGGAGACCAUCUCUCAGCUCCACCACACUGUUAAUCUGAUCGAGUAUGCCAGAAAGAACAUGAAUAGUGCCAAUCAGAAACUUCUUGAUGCUCAGGAAAAGCUUUAUCAGUCCUGGGUAGAAUGGAAGAACAAUACAGGCCAAAAUGAUGGUGAUGAACUGCAUAGCGCUGAGCACAUUGAGUCAAGAACUCUAGCUAUUGCACAGAACCUCACUCAGCAGCUUCAGACCACCUGCCUCACCCUGGUCUCAAGCCUCCAGGGGCUGCCACAGCACGUGCAGGAUCAGGUUUACAGUGUCGGGUCAAUGGCAGGUGAUGUCUACCAGAGCUUUCGGUCAGCGUCCUCCUUCCAAGAGUUAUCGGACAGCUUUCUUACCACUAGCAAAGGGCAGCUGAAGAGGAUGAAGGAGUCUCUGGAUGAUGUGAUGGAUUAUCUUGUUAACAACACGCCGCUCAACUGGCUGUAAAUCCUGUGAAUCCCUCCCCUGGAAGAGAAUUACAGUCACUAAGAAAUAAGCUUUCUUGGUUUAGUGCUGUGCAGGUAAGUUGUAUCUGUGUUCUUAAGCAUGCUCUGUGGAACUGCGAGUUGUGACCAUUGAGUGUAGCGACACCGGCCACCAUUUCCAAAGAGGGCAGGUCACCAAAGAGUGUGCAGCAACAGUAAGGCUCAGAGGAAGGCUGCCACCUAGUGGCAUGUUGCUACAUGGAGCAGUGCUUCCACCUGGUAGGACGGUGGCACUAAAAGAAAUUACACUUAGUCCAGCUUUCUAAUGCGAGAGGGCUUACUGAGCUGCUAAAGCAGGGUUGGCCUAGAAGCGUUAGGAAGACCGUGUUUUAAGCACAAUAUUAAAGAAAAUUGUAAUGACAGAGGAGUACGGAUAAAAAUUCUGUAACUUCCAGCUUUAAAUGCCUUCUGUAAGGGAGCUGUUUAACAUGAAAUUAAUGUGAGAUAGUGAGAACUCCUUUUCAGCUAGGGCCUCAGUUAAGACUUCUGGAAUUCUUUCAGCAAUUAAUUGUGUUUAAGUAUAGAAUGACUCCAGCCAGAGAAUAUCCUUUUUUAUCUCAACUUCAAAUAAAAUUUGUAGAGUGCAUCCACUAUUGUAGAGGUGCUCGCAACAGGAGGGACUAAACAGGUUUGGGAGCAGCUGGCAGUUCAAAGAACGGAAUUCCCACUCUUAUGUGUAUUUUAAAAUCUGAAGGCUGUGGGCCUUCAUUCUGAGGUGAUCAACCAAAUAAGAUACUCAGACUGCUCACUGCCUGUUGAGUACUAGGAAAUAAACAGCCCCACCUAGUAUUACUGCAAGAGCAACACAUCUCUUGGUUCUGUCUUAAGUUGCACUGUUGUUUUGUGCUCUCUUAGACAGUUGUCCAUCUGCACUGCAUGUCAGCAAGCAGAUGAAGUAAGCCCUUCAGAUCAUUCCUCCUUCACUGUCCGCUGUCGGGUUGCUUCUGUGUUAAGUGUUCCUUUGACUGCUGACACCUCACCUAAGAACUAGUGGUGGCAAACAGAGGAAUGCCUGGUUAAAUGCCUACCUCAUAGUUGGGCUAACAGCCUGUUACACCAAAAUGCUGUGUGCAGGUUCCUGCAUCAUGCUCUUGUGUGUGGCUGUUUCAGACAAAGUGCGUAAGUUUCUAUCCACCCCCUCUAAUAGAAUUAGGAACCCUUCCUUGGAGGAAGAGGGCUGAAUAACAGCAACUUAGUUUGUUCCUGGUUUAUUAUCUUGAAUAAAAGUCUCUGGAUGGAAAUUACUAGACUCUGCUAAUAAGAACAGCACUAGAUGCAUCCAGAAUUGCAAGUCACAGUUGCCAUUCACGGAUAUCUUCUUGCUGGUAAUCCAGUACAGCAUAUUGCUAGUGUCCAUUCUAGUUACAAGCCUACAGACAAAACUUGGUAUUUUUCCUUAGUGCAGUAAGAGACAGUGACUAUUAAAACCCCUGCUCAAGGCAAGAAUGACAUGGACACCUUCCAUAGCCAUCAUUGGGGUUUCUUGCCACAGUGGACUGAAGCUGAAGUAUGUGCUAAUAACUGCUGAAAACUCUCAAAUAGAAGGAGGAAAAUCUGAGACAUUAAAAGAACUUAAAUAUUUUCUGCCACCGUACCUGCUGCUUUGCAAUUGCACAUACCACACAGCUCAGCUGCACUGCACAGAAACUUGCUUGCACUCAUUCCAAAAACACUUUUGAUGAUAUAGCCUGAGCUAGAAAACUGUGAAGGCUCUUCUGGAACCUUUAAAAAAAGGUUAAGAUCAGGUAUGUCGAAAAUUAUAGGAAAUAGUUGAUUCUACUUGCAGCAAAGAAGAUAAAUUAGAUGAAAUGGAAUAGUGUCAAAGACACACAAAACCUGGGAUGGUAAAGGCUAGAAUACUAACAAAGCAUUUAUCAGUGGUAAGGUUAUUUAAGGUUUAUAAAAAUAAGUGAUUCAACUGAAAGGUAGAGCAGCAGGGUCAGCCUGGGUUGGGUGCCUCUGAAAAGGGAGGGACCUUGAAUAAAGAAAUUCCUGGGCACUUAAACCCUUGCAAUCUGUACCAGCCCCCCCUCCCGCACUGGUCGUGCAUCUUUUAGUCCAAUGGUGAUUUUUGUUCUGGGGUCUUCUAACAUCUCAUUGGAUAUUUUAUUGUGUCCAGGCGGGCAGGGCAUUGACUGCUCUUACCUUGUUGAUUUGCAGCCUCUGCUGAGGGUUGUAGCUGCCUUACCUUCUGGUUUAUGCUUCUUGUGCACCUGCGUUCCCUGGCAGAAUAGGGGAAACUGGAAAGUCCCAGCCUUGGGGAAACACUAACAAUACAUCAGUGUGUUAUUAACAUUUUCCUCACGCUCAAAGACUAAACACAGCACUGUACAAGCUGCUCGGAAAAUUACUAAGAAAAUUUACUGUUGAGGCAUAAAGGCUUCAGAAAAUCUAGCUACUCAUGCUAAGUAAAGCAUAAAUUAUGCUUUACAAACAGUGUAACUCCCACGAUAUUACAACCCUAAGUAAUUUAUUCUGAUUAAGUCUUACUUAAUUUAAGCUAAAUGACUAGUAUCUCUCAACAUUGGUCAAAUUGAAAUUGCAAGAUUUGUAUAAGGACUGGAGUUGCAGGAAUAUAGCUAGUUUGCCUCAAACUAAAGAAAGGUGAAAGCUUUUGAAAUCCCUCCCACUCUUUAAGAUUAUUUCUUUUGCAAUAUUCUUUUCCAAACUGCGACUUACAGGAAUAGCUAGUAAAACAGGCAAAAGGAUUUGGAAGCAACUGAUGGAUUAUUUAUCUUUAUUUUAAAAAACUCACAAAAAUAAACGAAAACCCACCAAAAAAACCACCCAAAAACUUAUCUAAGCCAUCUAAUUGAAAAUAGAAAAUGAAACCUAACUUAUUUUUUUAAGCAUGGCCUGCUGGUCGUUUGCAUGAUCAGAAAGUCUUACACACAAUAGCUUGCCGGAGGAAUUGUGCACAUCAUUUUGUUAAAUGUAUUUCUUUGUGUAACAAGAUGGAAAUUUUAUUUCUUUUGGAUGGUACAGUCUCUGAUGACUGAAUAUAAGUGCUUGUUCUGAAAGUACACGAAAUAAGAACCGUCUCUCAAAUUGCUAGUGGCUCAGUUCUGAGAACAUAUGAAGCAAGAAAAAAAAUGGAUUAAAGUUAUGUUGGUAUUGACAUAUAACACUGAAGUAUGUUUUGCACUCUUCAUGCAAAUAUUUUGCAAGUUUUGCACCAUUCUGUGUAAAUGACAUAGCUGCAUCUUACAGAAAAAUGGCAUGAAGAGUCAUAAACUGGCCUUAUUCUUUGUUGUUUCAGCUUCCUUUCAACCAUGAGAAAUGAUAAGGAAGUGAAGGUCCUGCGCCCAAGCAAGCCCGUAACACCAAGGGCUUUGCAUUGUUUUAGUUAGGCUGUUGCAGAUGGUAUUCUCUAUAAAUAUACUACUGAAAUAAACAUGCUAUUCUAAUUUAGAAUAUGCUAUUCUAAUAAAAUUUAGCAUGUUCAAAACUGAGAUAAAUCAUACUGACACCAACCCUGUUUCACUCUGAUGCUGACAGAUACAAACCAAUUUGAAAUUCUUUGACGGCUAGGAAAAUCUUGCUGCAAUGUUGAAGGAGCCAGCUGCUUAUAAUGUGUGCAUUGAGGAGAUGAAGAAAUCACAAACUUAAAUUUGAGUGAUUAUCCCCCUGUCAGUAAGAACAACAUGAAUAAAAGUAAUAAAAGUUAAUAAAUUAUCACCGGUCAGAUGCAGUUACUGAACAUGGUUGUGUGCCCUGCUCACUGCAGAUACAGAAGAAAACAACUUGUUUAAACCAUCUGUUUGGGCACAUUUUAAAACGAGUUUGCAUACAGACUACUUGGCCUUAGUCUUGUUAAGUUACCUCCAUUUGUACUGCAGUAUGAAAUACAGGGUUAUGUGCUGAUAAUGGGAAAACUUGGUGAUUUCUCUAAUUGCAGUGAUUAGAGUUUUAGGUAAACUGCCAUAAGCAGAAAAAUUAUCUACCAGCAGAUACUUCUUGCUGGUAGAGAGAUGUGUUUCCCAUAUUCCUAGUGCCUUUUGAUUUUUUAGGAGACAAAUUACUGGUCUCAUUUUGGUCAAGUUCGGGUUCUCAAAGAGGUCUACGCAUUUCAUUGUAUUCACACUAGCACCUGGUAAGUCACAUGCUGCUUUAAUUCUUCUGAAGCUCAAUUUUAAUUAAUAUUUUAAUUAAUAUUUAUAAGACCCUGGUAGCCCUAUGGCUACCUACUCUCUAUGGAACUGAGUGAUUCAUGCUCAGUGCUUCAGUGCUAUCUGCAACCUGGCAGCUGAAGUGGGAAUCCUUGUAUCCUUUGAUGUGUUCUCUGUUCUGACAUUUCUUCAUAGCAGGCAAAGCACAGAUUUGUCCUGCAUACUAUGUCUCGUAGAAUCAGUCAUAAACAAGGUGUUUUGCAGUUAGGGAAUGGAUAAAAACCACUUCUCCAGUCAGCACUGAACUUCAGUUACAAAAAUGCCCAGAAGCCUCUUCAGGUUGCUGCUUCGUGCACGCAGAACCGAAUCCUGUCAGCAUGCACCAAUCUUUAUGUGCUGAUCCUGUGCCUGGCUCCAAGUAUGUCACAUCACCGACAUUAAAGCUAACCAUGAGUCAAAGUAUAGAUAAACGUUCUUUUCGUUUGUGGCAAAAACCCCCCAACUUUUCUUUAUGAAUAAAUUGCUUAAUUAUAUCCCAUUUUUCAGAAGCGCCUAAGCAAUCUAAGUCUUACUAAGGGGACUUAAAGGUUGGGACUUAAGUUCCUAAGUGUCUUAGCCAACAUUUUUAGAAGUGUGUAACAUCCAUGUAUCCACUAAUGUCUCCGGCAACUCCUGAAAAUCGGGUGCUGCUUAACAGUACAGAAUAUUACAAAUGCAGUUAAAACAGAGGCCAAAGUGGAAUUGCAGUUCUCCAGAUCCUUGUUUCCUCAGGAAAGGUCUGAUGCGGUAGGCAGGCAGAGCCGUCCAGAGCAAUCCGUACCGAGCUGCUCAGGGCAGGUUCCUCUGCAUAGCCUAUUGCUCCCAAGGAAAGAAGAAAGGGAAAGUAAGUUUAAAACCUUCCUUUCUUAAUUUUCCAGUGACUGGUUUCACUAAACACAUUCCACUAAGGUCAGCUCUGUUCCAUCUUUGCUAUAAAAUCCUGUUUUCUAAGAAACUGAUCUACAUCUUGCAUAGUAUUUGGUCUGUCUGCAUGCUGUGUGUUUCAUGUGUGACUGAGCAUAUUUUACUCUGUAUUUAGUAUUCUGGGUCUGAUUUCUAGAGAUGCUGAGCAUCUUUCUCUCCUGACUUCAGUGAGGAGUACUGCAUAGAUUUAUUUAGUUUUACUUUUAAAUUGAUUGAAAUUUCAUUCCU